UCAAGUCUUCAACUUUAUCUCUCUCAUUCUGUAUUUUAUUCUGCAGAAGAAGAACAAGGAAGUGGUGGUUACAGUGGGACAUAUUUAAGGUACACCCAUUAUUGAAAAACCCCAAAUUUCUAGUCUUUUUCUCCUUGUUCUCAUUCUCCAUAUCCUUGUCUUUUCUAUGCCGUCAGCGUUGAUUUUUCUCUUCAAAGUUUAAAUAAAUAGUUACUAUCCAAUGAUGCCGGAGAAGGAGCAAUUGGGUCUUGAUUCAGAGAUGAAGCGCCGCAGAAAUGGUGAAACCUGGGAAUUUGAGGAUGACAUUGAUGAUACAUCUGUUUCUGUCUCAGAUGGUGUUUUGUUGGGUUUGGACGGUGGAACAACUUCUACUAUCUGCAUUUGUAUGAAAAUGGUUUAUUUUUCUCAUUCUCAGCUUCAAUCUCUUCCUAUCCUUUCAAGGGCUGUUGCUGGUUGCUCUAAUCAUAAUAGUGUUGGAGAAAUUGCUGCAAGGGAAACAUUAGAGCAAGUUAUGGCUGAUGCGCUUUCAAAGUGUGGUUCAAAACGAUCUUCGGUACGAGCUGUUUGUUUGGCUGUUUCUGGUGUUAACCAUCCUACAGAUCAACAAAGAAUUCUCAGUUGGCUUAGGGAUAUAUUUCCAAGUAAUGUGAGGUUAUAUGUUCAGAAUGAUGCUGUUGCUGCACUUGCAAGCGGAACAAUGGGUAAACUUCGCGGAUGCGUAUUAAUUGCUGGCACAGGAACCAUUGCGUAUGGAUUUACAGAAGAUGGAAAAGAAGCAAGGGCUGCAGGUGCAGGACCUGUCUUAGGUGACUGGGGCAGUGGAUAUGGUAUAUCUGCACAGGCAUUAACUGCGGUAAUAAGAGCACAUGACGGUCGCGGUCCAAGCACAAUGCUGACAACUAGUAUUUUACAAACGCUUGGUCUUUCUUCCGCAGAAGAAUUGAUUGGGUGGACCUACGCAGAUCCAUCAUGGGCCCGCAUAGCAGCGCUUGUUCCAGUUGUAGUAUCCUGUGCCGAGGCCGGUGACGAGGUUGCAAAUAAGAUCUUGCUAGAAUCCGCACAAGAACUUGCUUCAAGUGUUAAAGCUGUUGUAGGGAGACUUGGAUUAUGCGGUCAAGAUGGAAAGGAUGCUUUUCCGCUUGUGAUGGUUGGCGGUGUUCUUGAAGCAAAUACAAGGUGGGAUGUAGGGAAAGAAGUAAUGAAAUGCAUUUCCAAAUACUUUCCUGGGGUGCUUCCCAUUAGACCUAAGGUGGAGCCUGCUGUUGGGGCAGCAUGGUUAGCUUGGAAUUUUUUCAUGAAAGAAUAUAACAGGGAAUUAUGCAGCAGCUGACAAUUUGAUUCAGUGGAAUAAAAGAUAACAAAAUUGAAAGAGAAAAAGGUAGCGACGAAUCCAAUUCUUGGCUGUAAAGUGAAAUUGAUAUGCCAUAUAGCUUAUGUACAUCCAAAGUUUGUAUUUUUAUUGGUAAAUGGCACAUUGGUAGGAAUCAGUUCCUCCUUCUUGUUAAGUAAGGCACAGUUUCCCCAACUGUUUUUCUUGUGAACUUAUGAUCAUACUUAUGCUUGUGUAAAUAAUUACCAUCAAAUGGUGUAAUCGUAAGAGAGGUUUGUCACCCA